UUAUUAACACUGCCCUAACAUUUGGCUCCCAAAACUUGGAAUUCUCAGAAAGCUCGAUUCCUUCGCGAUCAAAUUUCUUGAAAUUCCUCCUGAUUUUCUCUUCCCAAUCCCAAAAUCCGAAGCUCGUUUUCCCCAUUGGCAGAUCGCUCGGACGGAAAUGGGUACCGGGCAGAGCCGCGAGGACGUUGAACUUUCAGACUCCGAUGAGUAUAAGGAAGAAGAGGAAGAGGAAGAGGAAGAUKAUAAAGAAUACGAAGACGCUGAGAAAGAACUGAGGCCACAAUCAAUCUCUGGAGCCAAAUCGACUGGUAAUCCACCUCCAAUCGAUGAUGUCGAGGCCAAACUCCAAGCUCUUAAGCUCAAGUAUGGCUCCUCUUCCCCUUCUCAGAUACCUAAUUCCAAGAACGCUGUGAAACUUUACCUUCAUAUCGGCGGAAACACCCCCAGAGCAAAGUGGAUCGUCUCCGAGAAACUCACUUUUUACGCUUUUGUCAAGACGGCGAACGUCGAUGGAGAUAACGACGAAGACGACGAAGAGGAUGACGACGACGGUUGUAAAGCCAAUUCGUCGGCUGGGAGAGGUCAGUUACGUUGGGUACUCAAAGUGGGGGCGAAGGUCAGAGCUCUGGUUUCGACGGAAAUGCAAUUGAAGAUGUUCGGCGAUCAGCGGCGCGUCGAUUUUGUGGACAAAGGCGUGUGGGCUUUAAAAUUUCCCAGCGACGAGCAGUACCGGAAUUUCGUGACGGACUUCCAAGACUGUUUGUUUGAGAAUGUCUACGGGAUUAAAGCAACCGAAGAGAACAAGGUCAAGAUUUACGGGAAGGAGUUCAUUGGGUGGUUGAAGCCAGAGGUGGCUGAUGAUUCGGUAUGGGAAGAAGCCGAUCUUGAUUUCGGGAAGAGCCCGGAGCCAUCAGCGCCAGUCCGGGCAAAACAGGACCUAAUAGAGGAGUUUGAGGAGGCUGCUAAUGGAGUACAAAGCUUGACAUUAGGGGCAUUGGAUAACAGCUUCUUGGUGAACGAUUCCGGGGUUCAGGUGUACAAGAAUCUAAGCCAUGGAAUUCAUGGGAAAGGCGUUUCAUUGAAGUUCAAUUCCAGAAAUUCUCCGAACACAGCUCAAUCAACGCCGAAGAAGGCUCUUCUCAUGAGGGCAGAGACAAAUAUGCUCCUCAUGAGUCCAUUGAAGGAAGGAAAGCCCCACGCAUCAGGGCUCCAGCAGCUUGAUAUAGAAACGGGAAAAAUAGUUACAGAAUGGAAGUUUGAAAAGGAUGGCACUGAUAUUACAAUGAGGGACAUCACAAAUGACAAUAAAGGGUCGCAAUUGGAUCCUUCGGAGUCGACAUUUUUGGGGUUGGACGACAACAGGCUUUGCCAAUGGGACAUGAGAGACCGGAGAGGAAUGGUUCAGAACAUUGGAGCUGAUAAUUCGCCGGUUCUGAACUGGACACAGGGGCACCAGUUUUCAAGAGGGACGAACUUCCAAUGCUUUGCUACAACAGGGGAUGGGUCGAUUGUUGUUGGGUCUGUUGAUGGGAAGAUUAGGCUGUAUUCGAAGACGUCGAUGAGGCAGGCGAAAACGGCCUUUCCGGGGCUCGGUGCACCUAUUACUCAUGUGGAUGUUACUUAUGAUGGGAAGUGGAUUUUGGGGACGACUGAUACUUAUUUGAUACUCAUCUGCACGUUGUUCACUGAUAAAGAUGGGAACACGAAGACUGGGUUCAGUGGUCGGAUGGGCAACAGGAUUCCAGCUCCCAGGUUGCUGAAGCUGACUCCUCUGGAUUCCCAUUUGGCUGGAACCGAUAAUACUUUUCAUGGUGGCCACUUUUCAUGGGUAACCGAGAGUGGGAAACAAGAGCGGCACCUUGUUGCAACAGUGGGAAAAUUCAGUGUGAUAUGGGACUUCCAUCAAGUAAAGAACAGUGCACACGACUGCUACCGGAAUCAGCAAGGACUCAAAAGCUGUUACUGCUACAAGAUCGUGCUGAAGGAUGAAUCAAUCGUCGAGAGCCGAUUCAUGCACGACAAGUUUGCUGUCUCUGAUUCUCCAGAAGCCCCACUGGUUGUGGCUACCCCAAUGAAAGUCAGCUCCAUCAGCCUGUCGGGAAAGAGAUGAGAAGCCAUGGUCAUCGAUGACAUGGAGAUAAACGGGUGCGCUUUUCUCAUCUCCAUGAAUUUGAUGUGUGCCUGUAGCUGUACUGCUCCUCUUCAUGUGUUGUAAUUAGAAAUAGUCCUCCAUUUUUCUUUUUAAUCACUGCCUGCUCAUAAUAUUGUGUUUAUAUGUGUUAUGAGCUUCAAAAUUGGUUCAUUUAUUAUUUCACUGAGAAAUGUGUCUGUGUUGGCUUGGAGUGUGUUCUUUCUGUAAAUAGCUUAAACCAUGUUGAGGUUUAGGACGUGUGUUUGUUUCUGCU